GUUAAUAGAAAUGAAAAAAUUAGAAGAAAAGAAACAAACUCACAAAACAGCAACAACAAAAAUGUCAUGUAAAUUUUCAGCACCAACAAGAAGAAGAGGUUUUCUUCUUCUUCUUCUUAAUGUUUUUGUUUCAUUCUUAACAAUAACCUUAACAACAUCAACAACAAAAACAACCUUUGUUUCUUCUAAUUCUUCAACUUUUGAAGCAUCAAAAUUGUUAAACAAUUUCAAACACAAAACCAUUAUUUCUGAUCCAAAAAACUUUCUUUCAAAUUGGUCACUCUCUACUUCACCUUGUUUUUGGCAUGGUGUUUCUUGUUCAACUUCCGGCGAAAUCACCACCGUAAACCUCACCGGAGCUUCACUUUCCGGCAAAAAUUUUAACCUUUCAACUUUCACUUCUUUACCUUCUUUACAACACCUUCUCUUACAUGGGAAUUCCUUCACUUCCUUUAACCUCUCUUUUUCAAAACCUUGUUCUCUUAUCACUCUUGAUCUUUCUUCAACCAAUUUCUCAGGAAUUUUUCCUUUUGAGAAUUUUGUUACUUGUUAUAAUCUUAGGUAUCUUAAUUUGUCAAGGAAUUUCAUAACUUCAACAACAACAAAGAAUCAUGGUUUUUUAGGGUUUGGUAAUGGUUCUUUUUCUUCUUUGAUUCAACUUGAUAUGUCUAGGAACAUGUUAUCUGAUGUUGGUUUUGUUGUUAAUGUUGUGACAAACUUUGAGGGUUUGGUUUUUGUUAAUUUUAGUGACAAUAGAAUUUUAGGUCAAAUCAGUGAUUCACUUGUUGAUGUUCCUAGUGUGAAUUUGUCAACUUUGGAUUUGUCUUAUAAUUUGUUGUUUGGGAAAUUACCUAAUAAAAUUGUUGGUAAUGGUGUUGUUGAGGUUUUGGAUCUUUCAAGCAACAAUUUUUCUGGCGGUUUUUCGGAGUUCGAUUUUGGAGAGUGUAAAAGCCUUGUUUGGUUGAGUUUAUCUCACAAUGUGAUAUCUGAUAUUGAGUUUCCUCAAAGUUUGAUGAAUUGUAAGGUUUUGGAAAGUUUGGAUCUUUCUCACAAUGAAUUUAGGAUGAAGAUUCCGGGCGUUGUUCUCGGCGAGUUGACGAAUUUGAAGGAACUUUAUUUAGGGAAUAAUUUGUUUUAUGGAGAAAUUUCUGAGGAGCUUGGUAAGGUUUGUGGUAAUUUGGAAAUUCUUGAUCUCUCUAUAAAUAAACUUUCUGGUGAAUUUCCUUUGGUUUUUGGAAAAUGUUAUAAUUUGAAGAGUCUUAAUCUAGCAAAAAAUUUUCUAUAUGGUGAUUUCCUUGAAAAUGUUGUUACCAAAUUUUCUAGUCUUAAAUAUCUCUAUGUAUCAUUCAACAACAUAACUGGUAAUGUUCCUUUGUCACUUGUUGCAAAUUGUUCUCAACUUAAGGUUCUUGACCUAAGUUCCAACGCUUUCACCGGCAAGGUUCCUUCGGUGUUGUGUCCUUCUAAUUUGGAGAAGUUACUUUUGGCUGAUAACUAUCUUUCGGGGCAUGUGCCGGUAGAGCUUGGUGAAUGCAAGAGUUUGAAGACAAUUGAUUUUAGCUUCAACAAUUUGAGUGGUUCGAUACCUUUGGAAGUUUGGUCAUUGCCUAAUCUUUCCGACUUGAUUAUGUGGGCUAAUAGGUUAACCGGCGAGAUUCCCGAAGGAAUUUGUGUCAAUGGAGGGAACCUCGAGAUGUUGAUUCUUAAUAACAAUUUCAUUUCUGGUUCCAUACCGAAGUCCAUUGCCAAUUGCACUCGCAUGAUUUGGGUAUCUUUGGCGAGUAACCGCAUAACUGGUGAGAUACCGGCCGGUAUCGGGAAUUUGAAUGAACUUGCUAUCCUACAAUUAGGUAACAAUUCGAUCACUGGAAAGAUUCCUCCGGAGAUUGGAAUGUGUAAGAGACUCAUAUGGAUGGAUUUGACUAGCAAUAACCUUACUGGUACUAUUCCGUCCGAGCUUGCCAAUCAAGCCGGAUUGGUCAUUCCGGGCAGUGUUUCGGGUAAACAAUUUGCAUUUGUAAGAAAUGAAGGUGGAACUAAUUGUAGAGGAGCCGGAGGACUAGUUGAGUUUGAAGGUAUAAGAGUGGAGAGGCUUGAAGGUUUUCCUAUGGUUCAUUCAUGUCCAUUAACAAGAAUAUAUUCAGGCUUGACCGUUUAUACUUUUGCAUCCAAUGGCAGCAUGAUCUACCUUGAUCUUUCCUACAAUUUCUUGUCGGGUAGUAUUCCGGAAAAUUUCGGCUCAAUGUCCUAUUUGCAGGUCUUGAAUCUAGGCCACAACAGGCUCAAUGGAAAAAUUCCAGAAAGUUUUGGUGGUUUAAAAGCUAUAGGUGUGCUUGAUCUAUCUCAUAAUAACCUUCAAGGAUUCAUUCCUGGAUCAUUAGCAUCUCUAUCGUUUCUCAGUGACUUUGAUGUGUCGAAUAAUAACCUUACCGGUUCCAUUCCUUCUGGAGGCCAGCUAACAACUUUUCCGGCAUCUAGAUACGAAAACAACUCGAAUCUUUGUGGUGUUCCUUUACCACCAUGUGGCGCUUCAAAUCACUCGAUAGCUUUUCAUACGUGGGAGAAGAAGAAGCAACCAAUUGCAGUUUUGGGUGUCACAGGCCUUCUUUUCUUCCUCUUGUUUGUUGUUGUGCUUGUAUUAGGUGUAUAUCGGGUGCGGAAGAUUAGAAAGAAGGAAGGAUUGAGAGAAAAAUAUAUAGAAAGUCUUCCAACUUCUGGAACCAGUAGUUGGAAGCUUUCUGGCUUUCCUGAGCCUCUAAGUAUCAAUGUUGCUACAUUCGAGAAGCCUUUGCGCAAGUUGACAUUCGCGCAUCUUCUCGAGGCUACAAAUGGUUUCAGUGCUGAAAGCUUGAUAGGUUCAGGUGGUUUUGGCGAAGUCUAUAAAGCUAAGAUGAAAGACGGCAGUGUUGUUGCUAUCAAGAAACUCAUUCAUGUCACAGGUCAGGGAGAUAGAGAGUUCAUGGCUGAAAUGGAAACGAUCGGGAAGAUUAAACACAGGAACCUUGUUCCGUUGCUUGGUUACUGUAAAGUUGGAGAGGAGAGGCUCCUUGUGUAUGAGUACAUGAAAUGGGGAAGUUUAGAAGCUGUUCUACAUGAGAGAGCCAAGGGAGGAGAAGGUUCAAAGCUUGCUUGGGAAACAAGAAAGAAGAUAGCUAUAGGAUCGGCAAGAGGUCUUGCAUUCCUUCAUCACAGUUGCAUACCUCAUAUUAUACAUAGAGACAUGAAAUCUAGCAAUAUUCUUCUUGAUGAAAAUUUUGAGGCUAGAGUUUCGGAUUUCGGCAUGGCAAGAUUGGUUAAUGCUCUUGACACUCAUCUUACUGUCAGCACACUUGCAGGAACACCAGGUUAUGUACCGCCUGAAUACUAUCAGAGUUUCCGAUGCACGGCGAAAGGGGAUGUUUAUAGUUAUGGUGUCAUACUGCUAGAACUUCUGUCAGGUAAGAGGCCGAUCGACUCAGCCGAGUUCGGCGAUGAUAACAACCUUGUUGGUUGGUCUAAGAAGCUUUAUAGAGAGAGAAGAGUUAGUGAAAUACUUGAUCCUGAUUUGAUUAUGCAAACAUCUAUUGAAGGUGAACUUUGUCAGUAUUUGAGAAUUGCUUUUGAAUGUUUAGAGGAAAGACCAUACCGGCGUCCAACGAUGAUACAACUGAUGGCAAUGUUUAAAGAGCUUCAAGUUGACACAGAUAAUGAUAGUGUUGUUGAUGGUUUCUCUAUGAAAGACAGUGUUAUUGAUGAAACAUGAGAAAAAGACUCAAAAUCCAUUUUUGACAAUGAAAAAGAAGGUUCUCAUUUCUCAACAUUUAGAAUGUUGUUUGAACUGAGUUUACUAUUUAUCCUAUUUGUCAAAUUGGAAACAGGGUUCUUUCACAUUUUUGUUGUUGUACAUAAGAGCUUAUAGACAGAAUUCAGUCACAUGAAAUUAGUAGAGACAUUUUUUUACCUUAUGAAUGAACUUUAGCUUAUGCCUUACAUGUAACUUGUUUUCCAUUUUCAUUGGAUUUCUGUUACUAUCACAGUUUUGGUCACAUGUGUUUUGAUUCAUAUGUUGCAACUGAUAAUUUUAUUGUUUACAGAAAGAUAGAAUCUGUUGAAAGUGUAACACAAUUGAUCA